AUGAUGGGCGAAUGUUACCGAAGCACCGUUCUGAUGACCAUACUUUGCCAGGAAGUUUGUGGAACGUGUGAUUGCAAAGCUGAUGACCUUUGGGCUUGUCAGCCAAAGGUCAACUUCCUGAACUGCGCCAGGAAGUGGAAGGCCAGUCGAUGUAAGAACAAAGGCUCAACCAUCAGCCCGAAUAUACUACCGACAUUGCAGAGCGUCACUCUACGACCGCCGAGGGGAUCGGACGAAAUCUUUGACUUUAACAUAAAAGCGACGCAAAUGAAAGAAGGUAAAAUAUUAUCAAUGAAACCAUUGAAGCCAAUGCCUUCCACGAUGGUGCCUCCAGGAAGGGCAGAAAAUGUUUCCACCUCGAUGGAAAAGGACAAACGCGUCGUAAAGCCAUCACCAUACAGAGAAUCGAACGUGACGAUUACUUUUGUCAGCCCCGAUGUGUUUCAGAACCUCCAACCAAGAGAGUCAUCAGAGCCUGAAGAAGAACACCGCAGAGGAAUAAACAGGGGCAGAGUCGUUCUAAAAGAGCGAAUGUCCAACGCUUCGGACAAUGAUGACAUGGCCAAUAAAUCUGGUAGUUUUGCCUCAAACGAGACUCAUAUGCUGGUCCCUAUAGGAAGUGGUCAGUUGGCGGUGCCAGGGCAUCCGUCAUCGUUGGAGCGCAUCAAGAACGGAGCGUCAUUUUCGCGAGAAGAAGAACUAAUUGACAUGACGCAUCGUGAAGAUUCACGAAAGGAACCCGCUUCCGAGGUUGCCUCAAGCACCGGUAACAAAGGAGGAUUUUCAGACGAAUACCUAGAGUUUUCCGGAGACAUUCUGAUGGAGAUGGAGAACAACACGCAUGAAGGCAGCAUUGAUGGGAGAGUUCAGACGGUAUCCCUCGAUUCUGAGUCGACCACCUCUAAAACACCUGAAUUAGUAGCGUCAACCACUUACAGUACGAGUAGCACACAGUCGGCUAAUCAGAGUCAAAUUCAAACCUCACAGUCAUCGUCUGUAGAAAAGGUUGGCUCGAAACAAGUGCAGAAAAAUGGCCCAGACAAAAAUGGUACAGGUAGGAACACUGACUCCGGGUCAGCUCAUAGUCCCAGUGAUGCUGGUUCAAGCGAAUCCAUUGGGUCUGUGUCACAACCGACCGUCGGUAAGGAAUGCAGUGACGUCGACAGCGCCUGUGAAUACUGGGCUUCGAUUGGGGAAUGCGAAAAGAACCGCUUCUGGAUGAAGACCAAUUGCCAGAAGUCGUGCAACUCCUGCGGUCUGUCGCUGGCCGACGUUGAGCCCAUUCGGCAGAGGGAUGGUAAGAAAAUAAGCACUGAGAACACACAAUACCUCGUUUGAAC